CAACAUCAACAACACCACCACCACCAACAACACAACACCACCAACUCCAUCAACAACAACAACAACACCACCAACACCAUCAACAACAAAAACAACAACCACACCAAUACCACCAACACCAUCAACAACACCAAUACCACCAACAACAACAACAACAACAAAACCAACAACAACAACAACAACCACACCAAUACCACCACCAACAACCACACCAAUACCACCAAUACCAUCAACAACACCAAUACCAACAACAACAACACCAAUACCACCAACAACAACACCACCAACAACACCAAAAACAACAACAACACCAACACCAACCACACCAAUACCACCAACAACAACAACACCAAUACCAUCAACAACACCAAUAACAACAACAACAACACCAAAACCACCAACAACAACACCACCAAGAACAACCACACCAAUACCACCAACAACAACCACACCAAUACCAACAACAACAACAACACCAAUACCACCAACAACAACACACCAAUACCACCAACACCAUCAACUACACCAAUACCACCAACAACAACCACACCAAUACCACCAACACCAUCAACAACACCAAUACCACCAACAACAACAACACCAAUACCACCAACAACAACCACACUAAUACCACCACCAACAACAACACCAAUACCACCAACAACAACCACACCAAUACCACCAACACCAUCAACCACACCAAUACCACCAACAACAACCACACCAAUACCACCAACACCAUCAACAACACCAAUACCACCAACAACAACAACACCAAUACCACCAACAACAACCACACCAAUACCAACAACAACAACCACACCAAUACCAACAACAACAACAACAUCAAUACCACCAACAACAACCCCCCAGACACCAGAGCCAACAACUACUCCUUGUAUUCCUACCUGUGAGUGGUCAGAAUGGUAUGAUGAAGAUGAUGAUAAAGACAAGAGUGACUGGGAAACGUAUUGGAAUAUCAUGAGUGGAAAAGAAGUGUGUGAAGAUCCACAGGAUAUUGAAUGUGUAGCUACAGACUAUCCAAAUACAAGCUUAGAGGACUAUGUAGCUUCGACAGGCCAAGUUGUGGAGUGCGAUGUUGACUUCAGGUUAAUAUGUGAAAAAAAUAAACAAACUCAGAAACCAUUUAAGUGCUAUAACUAUAAGAUUAGAGUCCUCUGUUGCGUUGAAUGUUUAUCAACAACAUCACCAAAACCAACAACAACACUAACAACAACAACAACAGCACCUUCACCACCAACAACGACCACACCAAAACCACCACCACCAACAACUACCACCAACAACAAAACCAAUACCAACAACAACCACACCAAUACAACCAACAACAACGACAUCACUCUUGUCUUUAUCAUCAUCUUCAUCAUACCAUUCUGA